AUGAGCGAUGGUGGUGGAAAACGUUUUGACGACGACAUCAGUGACGGACUGUGGCGAGAGUUUGAAAACUGCGCUCAAGCAGUGACAUUGUUGUAUCGCAACCCCUCAUGGCGAGCCCUUCAAACUGCUGCUGCAUCUACAACGCAGUUAUAUAAGAGCGGUUUAGAACACCAGAAAAAUGCUUUUGAGAAAGGUUAUGCUGCAGGACGACAAUCUUUCGCGAAGGAGAUUGUAGGAAUGCGGAGAUAUCGAGAGCUGACUCUAGAGGAAUUAUGGAAGUUGCUUAGUAGGGUCGCCUGUUCUCCGGAACGUAGGAGGAUUUCUCGUAGUCCAUCUCCUGAAGCAACGGAGAGCCAUGCAAUUCAUUUGUUUCAAGAGGCGCUGUGCAUUGCACCUAGUGUUACUUGUGGCCAAAAUGUAUCUGAAUUGAAUUCGUUUCUGUCUGGCCAAUUGCGUAGCAGACGCUUUAAAAGAGCAGUGUCAUUUUGUUUUCAUUCCGGGUAUAUGAAUAUUUUGAUACAGAUGUACAGACUCAUCAGAAAGCCACAGAACGAGCAUAUAGAGCUUUUCCGCAAGCGGCACGGACGUAGAUUGGACUAUGAAGAGCGAAUGAGGAAAAGAUUAGCGCGAGCCCCACAUAAGGCGUCCAAACUUGCUAAAACUAUAAGAGGAGGAAAAGCGAAGCUGUACCACAAGAAACGGUAUGCGGAAAAGGUUGAAAUGAGAAAGUUGCUAAAACAGCAUGAGGAGAAACAGCAGAAGAGCACAGUAGAAAAGAAGGACGAGAAUGCGUUGCCAGCUUAUUUACUUGAUCGUCAACAGCAGACUUCUGGGACACUGCUCUCUAGCAUGAUCAAGCAGAAGAGGAAGCAGAAAGCUGGUAAAUAUCAAGUGCCUCUACCAAAAGUAAAAGCUGUAAGCGAAGCAGAAGCUUUUAAAGUAGUCAAAACCGGGAAGACCCGAAGAAAAGGAUGGAAGCGUAUGGUCACAAAGGUUACCUUUGUUGGUGAAACGUUUACUCGCAAACCAGCGAAAUUUGAAAGAUUUAUCCGGCCCAUGGGACUGCGGUUUAACAAAGCCCACGUCACACACCCGGAGUUACAAACUACGUUCUAUUUGCCAAUCGUUGGAGUUAAAAAGAACCCUUCUUCCCCGACCUAUACUUCUUUAGGAGUCAUUACGAAAGGCACUAUCAUUGAGGUAAAUGUUUCUGAGUUGGGUAUGGUCACGCAGGGCGGAAAGAUCGUGUGGGGUAAGUAUGCGCAGGUUACAAACCAUCCGGAAAACGACGGAUGUAUCAAUGCGGUUUUGCUGCUGUAA